UUCCCUGGCAUCUCGUCAGCUCGUCUUUCCUUUAUCUUCACCGUCGCCAGUUCGACUUCUUUUGAAAUCAGCCAGGCUGUUUCACUCCUUUCAACUGUGUCUUUGAUAGACCAUUCGCACUCAUUACCGGCCGCGCCGAACCCACCAUUGCCUCGCUCUGCAAAAGUUUCACAAAGUCGACUCGACUUCAUUUCACAGUCCUUAUUUACUUGAAUUUCGCCAUCUGAAAAGAAAUCAAAACCAAAACCCCGUCAAAAAUCUAGACAAAAUGUACAAGGCCGUUGCCCUCACCUCCAUCGCUGCCCUCGCGGGUCAGACCAUGGCUCUCAACGCCCAUCGCCACCAGCAUCAGAUGGACAAGCGCGCCAUGGAAACCACCUGGUGCACUGUUUGGGAGACCGUCUAUGUCACCGUUGACCCUGUUGCGUCUACUCCCGCCGCCGCCGCCUCCGCUACCUCUUCCGGCUUCGGUGCUAAGGAUGUUCCCAACCCUACCGGUGCUGGAAACAACAAUGCCGGAGCUGCCCCAACCGUGACUUCGACCUCUACCAUUGUUGUUCCUACUUCCACCCAUGCUGCUUCGUCCGCAGCGGCUCCCGCCAAGCACUCUACCACCUUGGUUACCGCUGUCCGUCAGUCCUCUGCUGCCGCUCCCGUCAAGAGCAGCAGCAGCAGCAGCGAGCCUGCUGCCCCGGUCUCUUCCGCUCCUGCGUCCUCGAAGCCGGCCGCUUCCAGCACUCCGGCUCCCCCCACCAGCUCGGAGACUCCCACUCCCACCCCCACCCCUACGCCCUCUUCCAGCUCCAAGGCUGCUCCUCCUCCCAGCACCUCCUCCAAGGCUGCUACUCCCAGCCAGCCGGCCUCCCCCCCUGCUUCCGUUGGCGGUUUCCCCGGCAAGCGUGGUAUGGCUUACAACGACGGUAACAUGGCCAACACCUUCGGUGGGAGCUGCGAGAAGUGCCACUGGGCUUACAACUGGGGCUUCUGGCCUUCCGGCAUCGACACUAGCAAGUACAGCUAUGUUCCUACUCUCUGGGGCCCUCAGCCUGAACACUCCAAUGGCUUCGAUGCCCAGGCUGAGGCUGCUCUUGCCUCUGGCUCCAAGGCCAUCUUCAGCUUCAACGAGUGUGAUAUUGCCAGCCAGUGCAACCUGCCUCCUGCUGCUGCCGCCUCUGCCCAUGCCCAGUUCUUGAACAAGUACUCUGGCAAGGCUCUCAUUGGUGCUCCCUCUGUCUCCAACUCCGGUGCUGCCAACCAGGGUCUCGACUGGCUCCAGCAGUUCGUCAGUGCCUGCAACGCUCAAUCCGGUGGUUGCGCUUUCGACUUCUGCAACGUCCACUGGUACUCCCCCGCCUCUGCCAUUGACACUUUCUUCUCCCACAUUGAGGGAGCCAACAAGAUCUGCGGUGGCAAGCCUGUCAUCAUUACCGAGUUUGCUCCUUCUGGCACCGAUGCCGAGAUUAGCGCUUUCUUGGAGCAGGCCCUCCCUAAGCUCGACUCUCUUGACUAUGUCAUGGGCUACAGCUACUUCAUGGUUGGCGCCAACAGCUUGAUGAAUGCUGCCGGUAACGCUCCCAGCGACUUCGGCAACACCUAUGCCACCGUUUAAAUCGGCUUAUAAGAGCAUCUUUCGCUUCCUGUACAGUACCAGCUAGGGACAUCUCGAUGCAUCUUUAGCCAUUUUUUCGGACACUAAGCUUUUAUUGAAGGAGGAAUCAUUUAACAAAAAAAAGAGGGUAUAAGGGGAUAGGCGCAAUUCAAGUUCAAUUGUACAUAUUUUUGACCAUCUGGUUCUUGGAUGUUUCAUCCACAGUAUCGGUACACUGAUUUUUGUGAGGGGGUGUGCUCCAGAUAUUCUGCCAUAGUCACUUUUGGUGGUCAUCUCGGCCUUCCGUCUACAUUUUACUUCAAAUAUCUAUGAGACAAAGGAGAGAGAUGUUCACGGAAACAUGAAGAUCCAGUAUGUAUCUACGUAUAGAAUGGGGUCGUGGACAAGACUUUAGCAUAGAUCUACGAGCUACGAAUUAAAUUUAAAAGGUCUUGCGAUUUC